AUGUCCAUCCCGCAAAGACUCAACCCAAGCUUGGAGAGCCUGCGCCAGUUUUAUCUUGGCAAGCACAUUCACGAUGUGCCCAAGCCUGCUUUGAUACUAGAUCAGGCGCGAAUGCGCCGUCACUGCCAGUCGCUGGUGGCGGCGACUGAAGCUCUGGGUGUCGACUUUCGGGCGCAUGUCAAAACACACAAGACUGUCGAGGGUACCAGACUGCAGGUUGGGCAAGCCAAGAAAGUGAAGCUCGUCGCCUCAACAAUUGCCGAGAUUGAACAUCUGCUUCCCCUCCUUGCAGAAUAUCAACAGCAAGGACGGGACGUCAACGUCUUGUACGGCAUUCCUCUGCCCCGGUCCCAAGUCAGUCGCUUGGCUGCGGUCGGUCGCAAGCUUGGAGCCAAGAGUCUCGCCGUCUUGGUGGAUGAUGCCGACCAGCUCAAACAUUUGUCUCAAUUUCAUGACGAGGCCAAGUUCCCUGCUGCCGUCUACGUCAAGGUCGAUACUGGCUAUCACAGAGCUGGCCUCCCUCCCUGGGGUAUCAAUAAGGACAGUCUUCUCUCAGAUCUAGUUGCUCUAGAUAUAAGCGGCAUCGUCGACUUUGUCGGUCUGUACUCUCAUAGUAGUCUCAGCUACAAUGACUCGACUCCCGCACAGGCCAUGGCGAAUCUUGAGGGGGAGAUCACUGGUUGCCUGGACGCUCUGGCUAAAAACCACGAAUUGUUUCCGACAAACAAGGCUUUUGUCAUAAGCGUUGGCGCUUCUCCUCAGGUAUCGUCUGUUGAAAAUCUCGUCGCAGAGGACAGCAAAUUGUCAACAGCGACGCAAUCACUCCGCGCAACGAUGCAAACUGUGUCGGACAGCAGACCUCAUGGUAUUGCGACCAGCCUGGAGCUGCAUGCUGGCGUGUAUUCGAUCCUCGAUAUGCAACAGAUGGCGACUAACAGCAGGGGUAAAAUUGGAGGCCCGGAAGAUGAGAUUGCCGUUUCCGUCAUCUCCGAAGUGUGCAGCGUGUACAACAAUGGGGAGAGGGAACAACCAGAGGCACUCGUUUCCGCCGGAGUCCUGGCUCUUGGGAGGGAACCAUGCGCAUCAUAUAAAGGAUGGGGAGUAGUAGACGCCUCAAGCUUCUCACCGGACGUCAUUGCUGAUAGGCGACUCAUUGUUAGCCGAAUUAGCCAAGAGCAUUGCAUCGUGGCAUGGGAUAGUGCUUCCACGGCUGAAGAAGGUACCCCCCUGCCUCUAACGGUUGGCCAGAGUAUUCGAAUCUACCCUAACCACGCCUGCAUCACAGGUGCGAUGCAUGGGUGGUACUUGGUGGUAGACUCGGACAUGUCUGGUAUGGAAACGCAAAUCAUUGACGUAUGGUGCAGAACCAGUGGAUGGUAA